AUCUGCACUGGAAACUGAAGAGAGGCACCAAGCCUGGAACAACUAGCUUGGAAAUUCCUUUAUAAUGCUAUCAUCUUCUGUCCUGUGACUAUUCCCUUCUCCAGGUAGAUUUUCACUGACAUCAGCAUAGCCUGCCCAAAGAGAACCAACUGCCACAUCAGGGCACCAGCUUUCAGCUCCUUUCUUCUAAUUGACGAGAUUAAAUGAGAUGCAUUCUAAUGAGUGAACUAUACGCACCUCUUCUUGAGUGCAAAGACCUGACAAGGCUAAGACAUAGCUACCACCCUCCAGGUGUGGCCUCGAGCUAAAGAACUUGCACUUUUUACCUCCAAAUGUAAUACUUGCCCUGCAACAAUAAGCUCUCCUCCUUACACAGCUGCUGCUCCACCUGUAUGCAGCACCUGAAAACACUCCACCCGAAGAAAAUCAAUUAACUGCCCUACUUUUUCUUGCUAGCUUAACAGUUUUCGGUAGGUAGCCAGGAUUACUUUUUCUUCCCUACAUAAUUGACCUUUUAGGGAACAAAGGACCAGCAAAUAAGUUUAAGACGUACUUAAGGUGUAGAAAGCUCUCCAGGAGCGUGGCACGUGUAAAAGGGGACUUGCUUUGCCCUGUUAAUGAGUUUAAUCAUACGUGAGCACCCACAGCUUUCCCAACGACACUCUCACAGCUCACAAACCUCUUUUGCUAGAAAGGAGGAACUACGCUCACCCAAAUUCCUGCAGAUCCUACCGCGCUUUUCCCAAAAGGAAGAAAAAGCGCAAUGGCUUCUGCAGGUAACCGGAGGGAAACAGGUCAUUUUUGCUUAAGGAAAAGCUUCACACGUUUCACCCGGUGAGAACUUCAGGAACCACAGAGCUCUCUCACUCCCCCCACCGCUCCCUCACUCCCAGCAGCACCGGCUCCGCUCCGAACACCGCGGCCGCAAAGCACCGCACCAGGAACAAGCACAGCCACGGGACACAGCAACUCCUAUGAAGAUCCUCCAGUGCCGGUACAGCCCCGAGCAGCCACACAGCGUCCUGAUCAGAGCCGGGCCGCCCGCGCUUUACAGCCGUAGAGCAGAGCGCCCCCGCUACUUCCGCCCCGCCACUUCCGUUCUGCUCUCUCUGACGUCAUGCAGCGCCGCCGCCAAUCGGCGCGCGGCGGUUCCAACUCAAAUCCUCUCCCGGGCGCUGCGCGCGCUGUGUGAGGGGCGCGGGGCGGGGCCGCCACCGCAGCGGGACGGGGACCGGGACCGGGACCAGGGCCGCGAGGGGACAGCCCGCAACGGGACGGCUUGCGGCGCCGCGAUGAUCGCCGCGCCCCGCCGCGGGGAGAUGCCGUUCCAGGCGGUGCUCCUCAGCUCCGUCCCCGCGGGCACGCUCACCCCGCUGAAGGAUCUGCGGGGCCGGGGCAGCCCCGCGUUCUCUCCUCCCGCCCGUCCUGCCCCGGGCCGCGUGCUGCAGUCCACGCUGGUAGAGGGCGGCGCGGGGGCGCGGGAGCCGCUGGAGAUCAGCGAGAUCAGCGAGAUCCGGCCCGGGCCCGGCCCGCCCCCGCCGAAGCGACGCGCCCGCGAGCCGCCAGACCGGUGUUCCCCGGCCGCGGCCUUCCUGAGGAUGAAGAUGAAGACGAGGGCCGGCGGCGGCAGCGACCGCAUCCUGACGCCCGGCGGGCCCGGGCCGCGCGCUGCGGGCGGGGGGCAACGUAGAGCCGCGGAGCCGCCCGGGAAAGAAUUGCCUUGCGUUCGGAUUCCUCAGAACAAGACUGUGCAAAUGCUGAACGUAGACCCUAUUGUCCUGGAAUCCCCUCAGAAGUUCUUCUUGCGCGUGAAGCAGAAACUGCAGCAGAAGCAGCAGCAAAAAGAUCCAACGUUUUCAAGCUCAAACAAGCAGAACAUUCCUCCUCCCACAGCUGCAGAAAAGCCGCCGGUCAAAUCUGCUUUUGGUGAGCUGCUCCCGAAUGCUCAUACAGAGUGUGUGGCCGCUGGUAAGGACAAUGAGGAUAAUUUCCUUGUGGAAUCGAUGGAUGCUGAUGAUGAAAUGUCUCUAAAUACAGUAACUAGUACUGUGGGUGUCCGUUCUACCCCUUCUGAACCUGGGGACCAGUUUGAAAGGUGUGGAAAUAGAGAAGCAAAACGUACUGAGCUUCCCCAAGAGAAAGGACGGUUGCAGCCAAGCAAUCAGCGAGCUGAGCACAGAGUAGAAAAGAUACUGGAGACUGCAACUCAGAAACCCACACAGCACUUUUGUAGUGUGGUGCUCUCUACUCCUGAAGUCUGCAUACCAAGGAAGCAGAAGCAGAAAGAAAACUGUAAUGGCCCUUUGGAUAAACCUCGGACAGAUCAGAUCGCUGUCGCUGCUGACAAAGAGAAAAGAAUCUGCCUUGGCAGCUGGCGCAUCAAAGUGAUGAAUGGUAACACUGCAGUGUGUGUUGAAGGAAAACGAAAAGAUAUGAAGGACAUGUUAUGGCAUAGUAAUGCAAUUGUAGAACGCGUAGCAUACAACCAAGUUAAAACAUCGUCUGGCAAUAUCUACUUGCUGCAGGGAUAUAUAGAUUCUGUUGCGAUGAGAAAAGAAGGGUUUUCCGGCCAGUUUGUAAACAGAUUUAAAUUUGGGUUUUCCAAAAAGUGGAAGGAAUAUAUUGAGGAGUUACUCAAGGAAAGAAGAAGGAAAGAACGCAAAAAAAAAAUGGGUGAGGAUGAAAACGAAGAGAGUGACUCAGUGGUGGAUAUGGGUGUGCUGGAAAAUGCAGAAGACCUGGCAAGAAAUGUAAGGAAACGUGAAACAAGAAAUGCUACGUAUGAAGUGUUACCAAAGAAAGAUGAGAACACGUAUCGAACCCCAAAACACAAACCUGCACUGAGUAACUCCAGUGGGAUCUACACUCGCAGCGGGCGCCUUGUUAAACCACCGCUCAGCUUCUGGUGCGGGGAGCGUGAGUUUGUGGAUCAGGAACUAAAUGUCACCAUACAGAAAGGUGGAAUAGAUUAUCUGAGCAUGAUGUAUAGUGCUGAAAAACCCAAAAGAAAAGCCAACUCACUCUCUAAGACGAAGGAAAGAAAGGAUUCAAGGAAGACAGUGGAAGAAGAAAGAAAAAGCCAUGAUAAAGGGAAAAACAAAGAAAAAGGAGUAAGUUCUAAAAACAAAACCACGUCCACUGGAAGCAAAGAGGCCAGGCGCUUUGUUUCAGAUGAUGAAAGUGAUGAUGCAAGUGAGACCAAUAGAAUUAAAACACGGCUUUCCCAUAAGGAGACUCGCUUAAAUACUGAAGGUACAAACAAGCAUAACUAUCAUAGCAGAACCAUGGCAACGAGAAGACAAGAGACAGGAAAAGAAUAUGGAGGGCUGACUACGGAUCAGAACACGUACUCUUUAAGGUCAGCCAAAAAACCUUUUCAAGGCAAGCCUUUAACGGAAGAAUCCUCCAGCAAAGAUGGGGAAGAGGAAUCCGGUGACUAUAUCCAGUUGUCUGUCAAAAGGAAAAAUAAACCUUUUUUGCCAAAAGAGGUUCAAAACUCAGAAUCUUUGUCCACCUGUGAAAGGCUGCAGGGCAGCACGAAUGAGGUGUCAGGCGAACGCUGGGCAGUCACACACUGCAAUGCUGCUGCAUCCCAUAACAUGCAGCUGAGGCAAAGGAUACCUACCUUCAUUGAGAGUUCUGAUUCCUCUGAAGGAGAAGCAUCUUCUGGUGAGGAAUUUCACCCAAAGGAAAAGAAAUCAGAAGUGUCCAAUAAAAAACCAAGCGGCAAUGUUGCGAACACUGCCAAGCCUUCGGCAGCAAAACCCAGGGAAUCCCAGAGGGAUAAGGUGCACAAAACUCUCGAUUUUUUCUCAAGGGCGGCUGAUAGCUGGUCUCAAAAGGAACUGCAGAAGCUGCACAGGGCAGUUGCCUCCUUUCCAAAGCACAAGAAUGGUUUCUGGGUGGAGGUAGCGAUGGCCGUCGGGACGCGUUCUGCUGAGGAUUGCCAUCAGAAAUACACAGAGGAACAGGCAAAAGCUUCCAAAAGACCUGCCCCAAAGAAAACCACGUCAGGAAAGCCAGCACAGAAAGAUAAGACAGAGCUGGUUGCGAUAACUGCCAAAGUGGGAACGUUCAAAAGGAAGCAGCAGAUGAGAGAUUUCCUGGACAAUUUACCAAAGGACGACCAUGAUGAUGUUUUCACUGCUACACCCUUUCAAAACAGAAGAGUGAAGUUGCCCAUGUUCCUGGGAAGCCAAGAUGAUGACGACGACGAUGACGACGACUUUGCACUUACCAACAACCCACUCACACCUUCCUCAGCCAUCUUCCCUCUGGCGAAAACCCCGCAGUGUGAGCACAUCAGCCCCGGAAUGCUGGGACCUAUCAACAGGAACGACUGCGACAGGCACGUGUACAGAAUGCAGAAAACUCAGGGCUCCAGGGGCAGCUGGGACAAAGUCAAGAAGCAGCCGGUGGCUGCUUUGCAUGGCACACCAGCUUCGAGGAGAACCAAGUUCGCCUUUGAUAAAAGUAAGUGCGUUUUGUUUCUCCUCCUCCACGUCAGCUUUACUCGCUUUCACACUGGUGCUGCCGUGUGGGUGUUCACAGCAUUUGCACGGAGUAAUUCUUCAGCACUCUGUUUCUCACUGGGCCUUCUGAACUGCCUUUACAGCCCAGGCACACGCACUAAUGCUCUCUCCCUGUUUUUCAUAUUGCAGAAGUGCAGCAGAGCCCCGCAGCAGGGAAGCUCUUCGUGGCUGAGGCGGCAGAUUCCUCAGAUGAAGAACAGGAAGAUUCCUAUUUUUCUGUCUGCUGAACUUCUGGAGGUUUUAUUCAGUAUUUAUAAACUUGUAUAAAAAGCCCAAAGGAAGAGUUUCAGCCACCUCUCUGGCACGGUGCUCCUGGGGUCCUGCUUAAAGCUCGUUGUGGCCGACCUGGCCCGACCCGCAGUGCUGCUGUGG